UAAAACAGGAAGUAGGUAGAGUGUUGUGCUCAUUCCGGUGGAGGACAGGCUACAGGAUGGCACAGUGGGGUGCCAUAUUCUCAAUAAUUGCAGCCAUUGGAGGAGCAGCGCUCCUUGCUGCUGUGCACAAGAUUGAUGAAGGACACACUGGAGUUUAUUACAGGGGAGGAGCUCUCUUGACCAGCACAAGUGGCCCGGGCUUCCAUCUUAUGCUUCCCUUCAUCACCACCUACAAAGCUGUUCAGACCACUCUGCAGACAGAUGAGGUGAAGAAUGUACCAUGUGGCACAAGUGGAGGGGUGAUGAUUUACUUUGACCGCAUCGAAGUGGUGAACUACCUCAUUCCCUCAGCAGUGUAUGACAUAGUGAGGAACUUCACGGCAGACUACGACAAGGCACUGAUCUUUAACAAGGUUCACCAUGAGCUCAACCAGUUCUGCAGCGUGCACUCUCUACAGGAAGUCUACAUCGGCUUGUUUGACCAAAUCGAUGAAAACCUGAAGCUGACGUUACAGGAGGAUCUAACGUCCAUGGCCCCUGGUCUCAUCAUACAGGCGGUCCGAGUCACAAAACCCAACAUUCCAGAGAGCAUUCGCAGGAACUACGAGCUCAUGGAGAGCGAGAAGACCAAGCUGCUGAUUUCUCAACAGACACAGAAAGUUGUGGAGAAGGAGGCAGAGACAGAGAGGAUAAAAGCUGUGAUCGAGGCGGAGAAGGUGGCCCAAGUGGCUGAGAUCAAGUAUGGACAGAAGGUCAUGGAGAAGGAAACAGAAAAAAAGAUAUCUGAAAUUGAAGAUGAUGCUUUCCUAGCCAGGCAGAAAGCCAAAGCAGACGCAGAGUUCUACACAGCGCAAAGAGCAGCUGAGGCCAAUAAGCUGAAGUUAACACCAGAAUACCUGCAGCUCAUGAAGUACCAAGCUAUUGCAGCCAACAGCAAAAUCUACUUUGGGAAUGACAUCCCUCAGAUGUUUGUGGACUCUGGGCCUGCAGGUGCCUCAAGCAAGCCCAGUGCAGCUAUGGACAUUGUGGGUGAGCAGAUCCUGGACAUUGAUUAGGGAGGAAGGGUGUGGUGACCAACAGGACCACCCUGGGGUGGAGGACCAGCAGCUGGAGAGAAGGAGCCUGGCUCUGUCCAGGAGAAGCUCCUGCAGGUUGGCUGACAGACUCUCCCUCUGACCCAGUGAAGCUCCGGUCCCUCUGCUGAGCAGAACAACGAUACAAGGCAAAAUCCAGAGGUGAUGAGUGUCACGUGUGGUAGCUGUUGGUACAAAUAUUGUCAAAAAUAUUUUCACUCCAUUUCAUCUUUGGCGUUUUCUAAAGUUUCUUUCUUGCACAGCUGACGUGGUGAAUUUUAACUUAUGCAGCUGUGUGACAUAAUAGUUCACUGUAUGUAUGUAGCACUUUGUUUUCCCCCAAAGAGCCAUACUAUUUUUGCACAGCUGUGCACAAAAUGCUGUUAGGACUGAGUUGAGCAACAAUUUGUUUUUAACUGUCAGUGUCUGCUUUGCAUACAGAUUUUUUUUGUGAAAAAUGUGCCCUCCAUUAAGAGAAAUGUUUUUUUCUUACCAGUUUCCAUGACAAAACAGCCCUCACUUUUUGACAGGUUGCAGCUAAUUGUUGUAAAUUUUGUUGGUAACUUCCUAAGUUGUAUCCUGCUGUAGUGUUUGUUGAUCAGUGUCCUGGAUACUUAUUCUGAGAGUUCAGGGAAAGAAUAAUCAACUCUGCUCUGCCAGAACUGGAGAGAUUGGUUAGAUGAAGACUUUUUAGCAAGCCAUAUGUUUGACAUUUAAAAUGUUAGUCAUUUUUCUUUACCACAUUUUUUGAGGAAAAACAUUUCUCAAUUUGUCCCUCAGUCAAGUCAAACUGGUUGAUUACCAGAGAUAGUAUUCUACAUUAAAUCAAGUAAAAUGGCUUCCCACAAGCACCCAGCCCACUGUGCCCCUUUUUCUGCAAGGAUUGUAAACAUGCCAUAAUGGGUUAACAACGUUGGCAGUAUCAAACGCUUUAUGAUCAGGUAAUUGCUUUGACGUAUGUCCUGAAGUGCAGCUCAGUUGAAGGUUUUGACCCAUAAAGAGCAGUGCAACAAACACUUGUUGGCAGCUCAAAAAAUGUGUUGUAGUACUGAUUUUCUCCCUUUAAGGACAAAUGCAGGAGCUGUUUACCCAAAGUUCCUGUUGUUGAGAACUGAAUGUCUUCAUGUUGUAGGAACUGCACUAAGCAGACUGAGUGACGGUAGGAAAGUUUUUUGGAGAGCGCCUUUGUUUUGUACCUCCACAGAGGAGCUCACUGUAGAUGUAUCGAACAAUUCAUGUAUGUGAGCACUGUCUGUAAACUUGAAGUAGUUAACUAUUCAUUGUAAGUUGGUUUCUAUAGCUGUCUUGUCUGGUACCAAGACCCCAAAUCCCUAAGUGUUUUUAUACACUUUGUUCAUUUGUUUGUUUUUCUAUCUGUGCUUGAUGUUGAAGUCACUUCUUUGCUAAGUAUCUGAUGACAUGUGAUUAAUUUGCUGGUCAUUGUGGGAUUGUUUGGCUAACAUCUGCUAGGUCAGGAAAAAGGAAUGCUGUGUGUUACCACAAAACGGCACAUAACGCAUAUGACAGUGGACCAAACCUUAAUCUCUUUUCCAAAGAGCUUCUGUGUGCUGUGAACAGACCGAUUCAUUGUCUGGAAUUCUGGACUGAACUACUUAAUUUCUAGUGAAACUGAUCAUUCUCCUAUCGGACCAAACUGAUAACAAGCAUUAAUUGUGGGAGGGGAGGGAGGCAUGCCAGCUCUUGAUCAACCAAAUCAUGUUUUCUUUUGCUUUCAUUUACUGUUUGUGUGUUUUUGCCCCUGACAUUUCCCCACAGUCUGUAGUUGUUUUCCUUAACCACAUGCACUUGCCACCGUGGAGAGGAACAUUUCUACCGUGUUCAGUGGCUUGUUUCCAUUUGUAGCUUUCAUCAUUGUAGCUAAACGACACGGCUAGCUGCAAGUUGCAGCUCACUUUGUCCCAUGGCUUCAGUGAGAAAUGUUAAAAGCCGUCCCGGGUAAGCAAAAGGACAAACAUAGAAACUUUUUCCAUCAAGGGUAUUGAAUCGAUCAAUUGCACUUGAGAGUAUUCUAUUAAAACUUUAAUUUAUGUAGGGCAAAUAUUGUUUAUGUGUUCAUGGAACUGUUCUCUUCCUCAUACUGGCUGGUUCUGGCUAAGAUUGUUUUAGCCUGCAAACUGACUCCAUUUUUGUAUUGAUUAGAAUUGCUCAGGUUGAUUUAAGAAUGAAGGUGACUUGAAAGGCAACUGUUUUUUGCACUCAUUUCAAUUGUGAAUGUGCAAUCAAGAUAUUAUUUGGCAAUAAAGUGGAUUAUUCUUGGAUGAAA